GGUCAGCAGCGAAAUAAUGCAAAAAAGAGAAAUUGGUGCCAGAAAGAUUUUUUGUCCUCACUUUUUUACUUUUUUAGGUGUAUAAACACAAAAAGAUCAGUUUAAGAGGAAUGGCGAAAUAUGCAGUCAUUUGUGCCAGUAAUCAAAACAGAUCCAUGGAAGCACAUCAUGUCCUAAAUAAGAAAGGUUUUGAUGUCCAUUCUUACGGCACAGGUUCUAUGGUUCGGUUACCCGGUCCUUCCAUUGACAAACCCAACAUAUACCCCUUUGGAACACCUUAUGAACAAGUAUACCAGGAAUUGAAAAAGCAAGAUCAACAUUUAUACACGCAGAACGGGCUUUUGUCGAUGCUCGAUCGUAAUCGUAAAACAAAAGAAGCGCCGCAGCGAUGGCAUGAAUCGCGAGAGAUCUUCGACGUCAUCAUCACCUGUGAAGAACGCUGCUUUGAUUCUGUAGUAGAAGACUUGACGAGUAGGGGACAAAAGCUGAAUAAAAGCACCCAUGUGGUGAAUGUGGAGAUCAAAGAUAAUCAUGAAGACGCAUUGUUAGGGGGUAGAGCCAUAUUACAGUUGGCACAAAUGAUUGAAUCGUCGAACGAUAUCGAUGCGGACAUGGACGGCAUUAUUGAAGAGUUUACGAUACGUAAUCCUGGAUUUCCUAUCUUACACACUGUUGCCUAUUUUUGAGAAACAACCAAUUGGCCAUUUGCUUUCAUCCUCGCAUUCUUGUAAUUUAUAUAUAAUUAAUUUCCUACUUUAUUACUGGCAAUCGUAGUUCGGCAGUCGUGGGACUGUAGGAUGUCAUCAUGCUAUUGUCACUUGUAAAAUCUUUGACAUUUCUGUCAACUAAAAUAAACCGUAUCAUUGAAAUAGUGGGUUUUUCGAAACCAACUAUAC